AUGCGCAGAACUCAUUUUCACUAUGAGCAACCACAGAAAGGUGAGAUGAGUUUUCGCAGUGGCGACGUCUUUCAUGUGGUGGAUACUCUUCACAAUGGCGUUGUAGGAUCCUGGCAAGUUUUUCGGAUUGGAAGAAAUAAUCAAGAGGUACAAAAAGGCAUCAUACCUAAUAAGGCUCGGGCUGAGGAACUUGCAACCGCACAGUUCAACGCUACAAAGAAAGAAAUGAGUGCCAACGAAAGCAGAGGUAGCUUCUUUAGGAGAAGAAGAAACAGUCACAGACGCUCGAAAUCGUUAGGAAGGGACCAUUGGGAUGAUGUAGUGUUCUCCGAUAGUGUAAGCAAAUUUCCAGCGUACGAACGUGUAAUCUUAAGACAUCCUGGAUUUGUCAGACCCGUUGUUCUCUUCGGACCUGUGGCCGAUCUUGCUAGAGAAAAGCUGCUAAAAGAUUUCCCUGAUAAGUUCACUUCGCCACAAAUGGAAAGUCAAAUGGAAGAUGGUACAGGGAAAAACACCAAAACAUCCGGCAUUAUUCGUCUGAGCGCUAUCAGAGAAGUGAUGGACAGGGGCAAGCACGCGCUGCUUGACAUUACUCCGAAUGCCGUGGAUCGCUUAAAUUACGCUCAAUUUUAUCCAAUCGUCAUUUUCUUAAAGGCCGAGACGAAGCAGGUCAUCAAAGAGAUGAGAGCAGGCAUACCAAAAUCAGCUCACAAAAGCAGUAAAAAGCUUUUGGAGCAGUGUCAAAAGCUCGACAAGAUCUGGGGACACGUAUUCAGUGCUGUAAUCACUCUCAAUGCACCGGAAGCUUGGUACCGGAAACUGAGAGAGCUCAUCGACCGCCAACAGCAAAGUUCGCUAUGGAUGAGUCAAACUAAGCCGGAAGAAGCUCUCUCGGAUGACUUCCUAUUCCCGAUGACUUCUCGCCUCUCCUACGCUUCCUCUCCGGAGAGCGAUUUGGAGCUGAGCCCAGCGCCUGUUAUCCCUGGCACUUUGGGUCCACCAUCGCGGCUAAAGAGUAGUUCUGAUCCGAGUAUUGCUACUCAAGAUGAUACUACUGCGCCGCCACCGUAUUCAACGAAUUAUCAGCAAUCAUUCGAACAACAGAAGAGAAGAUCUCAAGGAGUAGGCGAUAGCAAGUAUGGUUUCUCCUUGUCCGGUCAAAGGAGCAAUCAGUCCGGCUCGCCGGAAUAUUUGGGCAGCUCCUUCGAGCCUAGAUCUUCUCAUCAUAGUCCACCGGACCUGCCACCGCGAGUUGAUCGAAAUGUGAAACCGAUUAAUCAAGUGCCACGGGGAACGAUAGGACGGUCUGUUCAGGAACGUCUAGGAGUGAAUAAAACUGACUCAAUUCUAGAUAUGGGGAAUUACAUUAAUGCGACUUCUCACAAAGCAAAUGCCACAUCAUCUUUGGAACGGGCACAGCCGAAAGCGGGAAGUUAUGACAGUAUGUCUUCCUAUGAUUCGUACAACAAUACUAAUGGGAACGCGAACUACGGGAUGGCAAAUUUAAACACGUCGACAGGUCGUUUGGGUCCGAAUGUACCUGAUGAUCUCAAAAGCAGCAACAUACCAACGAGAGCGCACGAUCCAUAUAGAUUCACUAGAUCUACAGUUCAGCCUAUUUCCACGCAUGACGCUCAAACGCGAACCGAUUAUGCCAAAUAUAGCCGAUCAACUGACUACAAAUCGAUAUCAAUUUCACAAAACAAGCCGCCAGGCACUUAUAAACCGAUUCCUCCUCCAAAGCCGAAGAAUUACAGGCCACCUCAAGCGUUGCUUGCACAAACGGAAAAUAACGGAAACGAUGGGAGUAAUUCAUAUCAACACUCGAAGAGUUAUUCUAUUGCUACGUCGCAUGUGCAUAAUGGGGUAGAAAUCAACAGUAAUGUGCAGCGCAACAGCGGUCAGUAUUAUUACAACAUCCCGUCACCCGGUCGUCACAAUGACAGCAAUAUUGUGAACUCACAUCACAAUUUAAGUCAUCUUACAUCGCCAACACACAGCCACAGCCUCAGUCACACGCAUUCUCACUCAAGUCCGCCGGUAACUACUACGCAUUCCCACAGCAAUAGUACCAGCCAGAUCAGUCUCGGUCUGCCGCAUAACCGGAACAGUACGAAUCACAAUGGAUAUAUGCACGGUAACAACCACGCUCCCGCAGGCCCGCUUUAUCCUUCCGCUAAUCCUGGACACAAUAGGGAACCUAGCGGUCUGGACCUGGCUAGUAGCCGAGAGCAAAGAGGAAGCGCUUUUGAGCUCUACCGAAAGCCGGUCCAUCAUUACAAUAUGAGGAAUACCAUGAUAUCAACGGACGAAACUUUUUUUUAA